CUACAUCAACUGUAAUCUCAAGUCAUAAGCUACAUACUGCCUUAAACCAAAUCUAACGGGGGUUAUAUUAAACAAGGCAUAGGCUAUGACCCGAGGAAAUUUGAAUCGAAUUGAGGUUCUAGAGAAAGAUGUGGAACAUAGUUACCACUUUUUGACUUCGGAUGAGAAGUCAUCUACAUUAAGGGAAGUUGAAGAUGUCAACUAUAAAUCAGCAUCCCAGCCCGCACAGGUCAAAAGUUGGGUGCAUUUUGUGGCUGGCGGUGUGGGAGGAAUGACAGGGGCUAUCUUGACGUGUCCGUUGGACGUGGUGAAAACCAGAUUACAAUCGGAUGCGUACACAAAGAUGUAUAACAGAAGUCCGAAAUCUUCAAAUAUAAUCAUAAAAGCAGCCCAGCAUUUCCAGGAAACUGGGUCCGUGUUAAAGAACAUAUACACCAGCGAAGGCUCCAGAGCCCUUUUUAGAGGAUUGGGUCCUAACUUGGUAGGGGUGAUACCUGCUCGUUCCAUCAACUUUUUCACAUAUGGCUUAUCUAAAGACUUCUUAUCCAACAACUUCAACAACGGCACAGAAGCCACUUGGGUCCAUCUACUUGCCGGGAUCAAUGCCGGUUUCGUGACCUCUACCGCCACCAAUCCCAUUUGGUUGAUCAAAACCCGUUUGCAGUUGGAUAAAACCAAGGGUAAGCACUACAAGAAUUCCUGGGACUGUUUUUCACACAUUGUGAAGACAGAGGGUGUCACAAGCUUGUACAGGGGGUUGACGGCGUCUUACUUGGGAGGAAUCGAAUCCACCUUACAAUGGGUUUUGUAUGAGCAAAUGAAGACGAUAAUCAAUCAAAGAGCCGUCAAGCAAGGUUCAGACAAAACCACAAAAGACCAUAUCAUGGAGUGGUCUGCUCGGUCGGGAGCGGCUGGGGCAGCGAAAUUCGUGGCCUCUUUGAUCACAUAUCCUCACGAAGUUGUAAGAACUCGUUUGAGACAAGCUCCGUUGGAAUCCACCGGUAAACCCAAAUACACUGGCUUAAUUCAAACUUUCAAGCUUGUGGUGAAAGAAGAAGGCAUGGCCAGCAUGUACGGAGGACUCACGCCACAUUUGUUGAGGACAGUUCCCAACUCAAUCAUCAUGUUUGGAACCUGGGAAAUUGUUGUCAGACUCUUAUCGUGAUGGCACUCUUGUCUAUAAUAUUUAUGAUCUUACCCUUGUAAAUAGCAUUGUAAUGUAUGUAUGGUUUUCUACUGUACACUAAUAUACACAAACCU